AUGGAGUAUGGAGAUGAUAAGAUGCUUUACAUGAGAGACACAUGGAGAGAAGCAAACAUGAUAUGUGAUGUUAUACCUAUCAAUCCUAGCUCCAAUGGUGUUUGGCCGGCUCCAAAAUUCUCAGAUCCUAAUAUAAACACUAAUUUCUUGAGCUACACGUUUCCACAUUUGCAAAUGAUUUUUCUUAUAAUCUCGUUCCUUUGGAAAUUCUUGCAUUUCUUCCUCCAACGUCUCGGCAUGAUCCGUUUCACUUCCCAUAUGCUUACUGGUGUUCUUUUAAGCAAGUCGUGUCUUAAGGAGAAUUCAGUAGCGAGGAGAUUCUUCUCUACAGAGGAUUACAAAGAGAUUGUGUUUAGUCAUAUUGCUUCUUGUUCCUACAUGAUGUUCUGGUUCUUGAUGGGAGUUAAAAUGGAUAUGAGUUUGAUCCGAACCACGGGAAGAAAAGCCAUCACCAUUGGGAUAUGUUCUGUUUUACUCUCGACUUUGGUUUGUUCGAUUAUCUUUUUCGCUAACCUAAGGGACGUAGGAACGAAAAAAUCAAACAAUACCAUGGGUUUUUGGGAAAUUGUCUCGAUUUACUCGAUCCAAUGCCUUUCGUCUUUCCCUGUUGUUGGGAACCUUCUGUUUGAGCUUAGGCUACAGAACUCAGAGCUUGGUCGUCUUGCAAUAUCUUCUGCUGUGUUCAGUGAUUUCAGCAGCUCGGUUAUUUCUUCUGCUCUUAUCUUUAUGAAGGAACUUAGAGACGAGCAAACACGGCUCGGGAGUGUGUUUAUCGGAGAUGUUAUUGCAGGGGAUCGUCCUUUGAAGCGAGCAGGCGUAGUGGUUCUCUUUGUUUGUCUAGUCAUUUAUGUUUUUAGGCCAUUGAUGUUCUACAUUAUUAAAAGAACGCCUUCUGGUCGACCCGUGAAGACAAUCUACUUAACUACAGUCGUCGUUAUGGUCUCUGGUUCAGCCGUUCUUUCGAAUUGGUGUAAGCAAUCUAUUUUCAUGGGACCUUUCAUAUUAGGUCUUGCUGUUCCUCAUGGACCGCCUUUAGGUUCUGCAAUCAUUGAGAAGUUCGAGUCAGCUAUAUUCGGCACUUUUCUUCCAUUCUUCGUUGCUUCGUGUACCACGGAGAUCGACAUUUCGGCUUUAGUUGGUUGGGAAGAUCUCAAUGCCGUUAUACUCAUCAUGGUAACAUCUUUUGUUGUCAAAUUCAUCUUGACUACUAUUCCUGCUUUGUGCUACCAUAUGCCAAUGGCAGAUUGCUUCGCUCUCUCUCUUAUCAUGUCCUCUAGAGGCAUCUUCGAGCUCGGUGCAUAUGCCUUGGCCUUCCAAAGAGGGACUAUCCGUCCUCAGACUUUCACUGUCGUGUGUCUUUACAUAAUGGUGAACUCCGCAAUCAUACCUCCGAUCUUGAAGUACUUAUACGAUCCUUCGAGGAUGUACGCAGGGUACGAGAAGCGGAAUAUGCAGCAUUUGAAACCAAACUCUGAGUUAAGGAUUCUGUCUUGCAUUUACAAAACCGAUGAUAUAAAUCCGAUGAUCAAUCUUCUCCAAGCUACUUGCCCGUCCCGGGAAUCCCCUGUAGCCGCCUAUGUUCUCCACUUGAUGGAGCUCGUAGGGCAAGCACAUCCGAUCUUCAUUUCCCACAAAUUGCAAACUCGCAAAACAGAGGAUAUGCCUUAUUCAAAAAAUGUAGUACUCUCCUUUGAAAAAUUCCACAAAGAAUACUAUGGAUCUGUCUUCGUAAGCACAUACACGGCCUUUUCUAUGCCCGAUACGAUGCAUGGAGACAUAUGUAUGCUUGCACUCAACAACACUACGUCUCUCAUACUCCUUCCCUUUCACCAGACUUGGUCCGCAGAAGGUGCUAUCAUUUCAGACAGCAACAUGAUCAAGAACCUCAACAAAAGCGUUCUCGAAGUGGCGCCGUGUUCUGUCGGAAUCUUUGUCUACAGAAAUAGCCACGGAAGGAGAAAUAUCAAUGAAACGGUAAUAAGCUUGUCCUCUUAUCAAGUUUGUAUGAUCUUCCUAGGCGGUAAAGACGAUAGGGAAGCUGUGACACUCGCGACGCGAAUGGGCCGUGACCCUCGAAUAAGCGUUACCGUUGUCCGAAUGAUCAGUGCGGAUGAGAAAUCAAAAGAAAAAUCGGAGUGGGAUAAAAUGCUUGACGAUGAAAUGCUUAGAGAUGUGAAGAGCAAUGCAUUAGCAGAUGUUCUCUACACCGAAAAAGUGGUCGAAGACGCUUUUGAGACAUCCGGUUUGUUGAUAUCGAUGGCGAAUGAUUUCGAUAUGUUCAUAGUGGGAAGAGGGAAAGGAAGAACGAGUGUGGUCACGGUAGGGCUUGAGGAAUGGAGUGAGUCUAAGGAGCUUGGUGUUAUAGGAGAUUUAUUGACUUCUCAAGAUAUUAAUUCUCAAGCUUCUGUUUUGGUUAUACAACAACAACAACUUAUGAUUUAA